AUGGCCGGAUCUAUAGGUCAAUCACUCACAGCAACUGCCCAGCAACUUAAAGGGAAGAAAAAUGGUGGAAAAGGAAAGAAUGAAUCCUCAGCAAAGAUAAAAAAGGGUCAAAAGGAGAUGUUAUAUGGAAUACUGAACGAAAGGAACAUAAAGCAGAUCCAAUUCGGUUUGAGCAAAAGAUUUCCCACUUGGUAUGGGAGUGCUGUUUAUUUUGACCCUGAAACCAAAAGGUUAGGAUGCUCCGAGUCCAAGUGCCAGCUUUCUUCUGCUUCCAGCGAGCGAUACUGGCUAGACACUCUUUUUGUCUGUGAAUAUUGCUUCAAGUACACCGAUGACCGGACACGGUUUGAAGCACAUGUUGCAUUCUGUCCAUUCCAAUACCGUUCUCCGGGCAAAAUAAAAUAUAAAAGUCCAGAAUACACAAUAAGAAGAGUGAAAGGAUCCAAGCACCAGCUAUUUUGCCAAUGUCUUUGUCUUUUUACGAAGUUGUAUCUGGACAACAAAUCCAUGUAUUUUAAGGUAGAUCAUUAUGAAUUUUACAUAGUUUACGAAACUGGAUCAGAAAAGCCAAUGGGGUUUUUUUCGAAAGAUCUUGUGUCAUAUCAGCAAAAUAACCUAGCAUGCAUCUUGAUAUUCCCACCAUAUCAAAGGCGUGGGUUGGGCCUUUUACUUAUUGAGUUCUCAUAUAAAUUAUCUCAAUCAGAAGGUGUCAUAUCAGGGCCAGAAGUACCGUUAUCCCCCUUUGGAUUGAUCGGGUACUUGAAAUACUGGUCACAGAUACUCUGUUGGCAUCUCAUUGAAGGUGAUCUCGCACAUUUUGAUAAAGUGACCCUGGAGGACCUCUCUAUAGUGACUGGAAUGAGAGUCAGUGAUAUUAUUUUAACUUUGAAGCACUUGAACUGUAUCGGAGAAAAUAAUCAAAUAUACUUACAAUCCUUGAACACUUGGUUGAAAACGCACGGAGCAAAAGGGAACUGGUUCAAACUAAAAGAUGAAUACUUGCUAAUAGACGACUAG